GAAAACCAGAGGGAAGAAAACCGACGCAGGAAACUUCAGAUCCAACCAGGGAAAAACUGGAAACACAGAUCAGCUGAAAUCUGGUGACUAAUCCUUUGAGAAUUUGAAGUUUUUCUUGUAGUAUUUUUUGGAUCUGUAGCUUUUCGUAGAUUUCUCGAGAAGCUUCGGAUCGACGCCGGCGAACUUAACCGGAGGGAAGAUUCGGAAUGGCGAUGGAGGUCGGAAUGAUGUCGCCAUCUUCGUCGACGGAGGAUUCCUCGGCUGAGACGGCCAGUCAUCUCUCACUCGUUUCCGCCUCUCAGCAACCGUACGUGUCCGAGCUCCUCUCCUUCACUCUCGAUCGCCUCCACAAGGAACCGGAGUUGCUUCGGGUGGACGGUGAGCGGAUUCAGAGGCAAAUGCAAGAGGUGGCGGUCGGAAAUUACCGCGCGUUCAUCACUGCUGCUGAUGCUUUGCUUGCGAUCCGACAGGAAGUGUCUUCGAUCGAUAAGCAUCUCGAAUCUCUGAUUGGUGAGAUCCCUAAACUGACGUCAGGCUGCACAGAAUUUGUUGAGUCUUCUGAGAAGAUUCUGGAGAAGAGGAAAUUGAACCAGACUUUGUUGGCCAAUCACAGCACCCUGCUUGACCUGCUCGAGAUUCCUCAGCUUAUGGACACAUGUGUAAGAAAUGGAAAUUUCGAUGAGGCUCUUGACCUGGAAGCAUUUGUGUCAAAACUUGCUACCAUGCACCCCAAGUUGUCUGUUAUCCAAACACUUGCAGCAGAAGUUAGACAAACAACUCAAUCGCUUCUCUCGCAGCUUCUUCAGAAACUUCGCUCAAAUAUACAGUUACCAGAAUGUCUCCGCAUUAUUGGCUACUUACGCCGAAUAGGAGUCUUCAGCGAGUAUGAAAUGCGAUUGCAGUUCUUAAGAUGCCGAGAGGCAUGGCUUACUGGGAUUCUUGAGGAUCUGGACCAGAGAAAUGCGUACGAGUAUUUAAAAGGCAUGAUAAACUGUCACCGAAUGCAUCUGUUUGAUGUUGUUAACCAAUAUCGAGCUAUAUUCGCUGAUGAUACAUCGGGGAGCGAAGAAAAUUAUGAUGGCGGGCUUCUGUUUAGCUGGGCCAUGCAUCAAAUAACAUCACACCUGAAGACUCUGAAAAUCAUGCUUCCAAAGAUUACUGAAGGUGGAUCUCUGUCAAAUAUUUUGGAUCAAUGCAUGUAUUGUGCUAUGGGGCUUGGUUGGGUUGGACUAGACUUCCGGGGCUUGCUUCCUCCACUUUUUGAAGAGGCGGUUUUAAACUUAUUCUCCAAGAACAUGAAUACAGCAGUUGAAAAUUUCCAGUUAGUCCUAGAUUCGCAUCGGUGGGUUUCAUUACCAUCUGUGGGCUUCUCGACAAGUAGUAUUGGUGAUGAUAUCAAGGAGGACGUCACUCCACCGUCAUACUUGAUGGAGCAUCCACCUCUGGCAGUCUUCCUCAACGGUGUAUCCGCUGCUAUGAACGAACUUCGUCCAUGUGCACCACUAAGUCUGAAACACGCUCUUGCGCAAGAACUGAUCAAAGGACUGCAGGCUAUUUCCGACUCUCUACUAAGAUACAACACGACCCGAAUGCUCAGGCUGAACGAAUCCACCCUGUUCCUCUCACUCUGCCGAGCAUUCAUCGAGGUUGUUUUCCCACACUGCGCCACAUGUUUUGGCCGGUGUUACCCUGGAGGAGCCACACUCGUGAUGGGUGCGAAAAACACACACGAUGGGCUUAACAGGCUCUUGUCGGUAUCUGCGUCCCGAGAACCGCCGUCCCGGAAACCCAAUAAAGCCGUCAGCACGGAAAAUAAUGUGGCGGAGAACGGUGAAGCUGCGUCGGAAGAAAACGGUGUUGCCACAGAAGUCGGAGAACAACAAGUAGAAACUCAGGAGGAGCAAAGAACGGGAGAGGGGUCCUCCGUUGCAGAAGAACCUUCAGGCAACGACAACUACAAUGUCUGAAAUUGAUUUUACUUUUGCAUUUUAUUACAUUAUUUUUGUUCGAACAAUGUUACUAUUAUAUAGUGCAAGAAACAGGGAAAAAGAAAAUGCAGACGUGAAUAUGUGUACGA